UGUGCAUUCGCUUGUAAAUUCUCGAAGGGGAACACGCGUGCAAUUGAAUGAACGCAUUGAACGCUUUCAAGGUGAUUACAUAAAAGCCGAAAGCGAAUCGUUCGGGUUGAAAAAACCAUGCAGAAAGCCAUUAAGAAGGAGCUCAGCUUCUCGCUGGACACCCUGGAGCGUUAUCGGGCCAAGUACGGGCGCAGUGCAUCGCUGGACACCAACGGCCAUUCGCUGUACACAGAGAAUGAGUCUGCUUUGAGUAUAGGCGGUGUUGCGACACCGGCACCCCCACCGCCGGCCAGCAUAUUCACACGAUCCUCGUCGCCGCCGAAGCUGACCAAACUGCAGGAGCUGCAAAUGAAGAAGGAGGCGUAUCUGAGAGCUCGCGAACAUGAGAAGGAAAUGGAGCAGCUGCAUCGCACCGCAGAAAAGAGAGCCACAAAUGGAAGUAGCCUGGAAGCGGCUAUCAAGCCCAUGCCAGCCAAAGUGGGCAGCCCCACGAAGAGCACUGCCACGGCCAGUGGCACGGGCCCCGGUACGGCUGCCGCGGCGGCCACUGCCACCAAAACGCCGACACCCGCGGGCUACUCCAACUGGUCGAAUCAUCAUACAACGCUCUCCUCGCAGCCCUGGGUGGCCAUCUCCGAGCUGAUGUACUUUUGCGACAAAUACGAGUUCACGACCCUCAGCACCAGGGACCUGAAGACACACCAAGAGAUUGUGGCCGAGGUGCGGGCGCUGCUGUCGGGCAAGGCGCCGUUCGAUCAGCGCACCCGCUUUCCGGGCAACAUACACGACCCGGAGAACCUGUGGGUCUGCAUUGGGCGCUGCGCCAGUGUGGAGUAUCACCUGCAGCGCAUCAUCAGCAUCUUCCGGAAGCCCCUGAACCAACUGACGCCGGACAAGCAGCGCACCGUGCGCCAGAACUUUCAUCUGGCGGUGAGCGAGCUGCGGCUGGACAUCUCGGCGCGGAUCAGCGAGGUGCGUCUGUACGAUCGGCUGGUCUUCGAGCGGGAGUUUCGUCUGGAGUGGCAGGAGGCGGAUGCCUAGGGGCACGCGCGUGUGGUAACAAUCGACAAUAACUUUUAUUUUGCAACACUUUUCAUUUUGUUCGGUGCAUGGUGACAAAAAAUGGUUACAAAAAUACACACAGAGGGAUCAUUUCUCCAUUUAACAAUAGGAAUUGUACACAAUUCAUAGCUCUCAGCCGUGGAUUGCUCUUAAAAAAUUGCUGCGCGAAACUAAAUCUAAACGGCCGGACUGCUGCAUCCAGCGCGGGGUUAAGGAACCUGUCACAGUGCGGCUGAACUUAUUGCUUCACAAUAUACGUAAUACAAGAAACAUUUAUAUAUAUAUCUACACAUAAUAUUAAUGGUAAAAUAAAGCACUUUUGUGGUUGGGCAAA